CGCCCCACGCGGGGCGGGGCGCAGCCGGUGCGCUUGGGUCCGGCGGCGGAGCCGCACCGGGAAAGGCUGCGCGGAGCCGAGCGCUGCGGAGCGGAGCGGAGCCCAGCGGGGUGCGGAGCGCUGCGGAGGGGAGGGCGCUGCCGGUGCCUCCCCGGUGCCCCCCCGGGCCGGGGCAGGGCGGCGGAGGAGGAGAAUCUUCUCCUUAAUCCCCAAAGGGAAGGGGAGAUGACAUCUGGGCUCCUCUGAAGCCACCCGUGCCCGGCGGAGCCAUGGAGCUGGAAUUCGAGCUGCCCAACGCCACCGCCUUCUGGUUCUCCCCGGCCUCCCCGUUCGACAACUUCUCGGUGGAGGCGCCCACCAACGCCUCGCAGAACGCCACCGGCCAGCACUUCGACCUGACCAGCAACGCCAUCCUCACCUUCAUCUACUUCGUGGUCUGCAUCGUCGGGCUGUGCGGCAACACGCUGGUGAUCUACGUCAUCCUCCGCUACGCCAAGAUGAAGACCAUCACCAACAUCUACAUCCUCAACCUGGCCAUCGCCGACGAGCUCUUCAUGCUGGGGUUGCCCUUCCUGGCCAUGCAGGUGGCCCUGGUGCACUGGCCCUUUGGCAAAGCCAUCUGCAGGGUGGUCAUGACGGUGGACGGGAUCAACCAGUUCACCAGUAUCUUCUGCCUGACGGUGAUGAGUGUUGACCGGUACCUGGCCGUUGUCCAUCCCAUUAAAUCGGCCAAGUGGAGGCGGCCCAGGACAGCCAAAAUGAUCAACGUGGCCGUCUGGGGUGUCUCCCUGCUGGUGAUCAUGCCCAUCAUGAUUUAUGCCGGGGUGCAGCACAACCACGGCAGGAGUAGCUGCACCAUCAUCUGGCCGGGGGAGUCGGGCGCCUGGUACACGGGCUUCAUCAUCUACGCCUUCAUCCUGGGCUUCCUGGUGCCUCUCACCAUCAUCUGCCUUUGCUACUUGUUCAUCAUUAUCAAAGUCAAGUCCUCGGGCAUCAGAGUGGGCUCCUCCAAGAGGAAAAAGUCCGAGAAGAAAGUCACCAGGAUGGUCUCCAUCGUGGUGGCUGUCUUCAUCUUCUGCUGGCUCCCCUUCUACAUCUUCAACGUCUCCUCCGUCUCCGUCCUCAUCGUGCCCACGCCCGUCCUCAAGGGCAUGUUCGACUUCGUCGUGGUCCUCAGCUAUGCCAACAGCUGCGCCAACCCCAUCCUUUACGCCUUCCUCUCCGACAACUUCAAGAAGAGCUUUCAGAACGUCCUCUGCCUGGUGAAGGUCAGCGGCAUGGACGACGCCGACCGCAGCGACAGCAAGCAGGACAAGUCCAGGCUCAACGAGACCACAGAAACCCAAAGGACCCUGCUCAACGGUGACCUGCAGACGAGCAUCUGAGGGGCCGGCGGCGUUGUCCUCUGCUCGCUCUCCUCUCCCCACUUGCUCCCAGCUGCAGCAGGGCAGCGGCACGCAGGGAGUCAGGGGGUGGCAGCGCGCACGCUGGGGGGCCGGGUGUCCUCCCGAGCUGCUGGCGGGCUGGCUCGUCGGCGCUGGGAAGGAUUCGGUUCUGAGGAGCUGCCUCGCCCAAAGACAACUCGCAGAAAUCCCCACGGGGCAGCGCGUAUUUCAACACCAAAGUGCCACCGUGGGGCCGCAGCCAUCGCAGGGGUGGCUCCGCCGGCUCCUCCUCUGGCGUGACCCUCGGGGUUGAAGCCACCUCUGGGUGCUGUGCCCCGGGAUGGGUGCUUGCACAUGGACACACACCCUGCAGCCUGCCCGGGCUGAGCCCUGCAUGCACGGUUUGGGUGACCCGAGGAGGUGCCACCGCGUGGAUGCGCCGAGACCCGGCGGGAGCUCCGUGGGCGUGCUGCGCUCCUGCAGUCCCCGAGGAGAGGAGGAUGUUUGGGGUUGUACUUUGCCCGGCUUAUCACUCACUCAGCCGCGUCCCCCGAAGCCUCCCUGCUGCUGUUUGACUGCGUCUUUUGUAGAAGGGGUCCUGCAGGACGGAGGCAGCCGCCCCGAGGGAUGCAGCUGCCCUGUGCCCCCCGCUGCAGGACAGCCCCUGCCCUCCUCCCUGCCGUGACGUCACCUUCCCGCAGGUUUUCUCCUGGGAUGGAGGAUUUCCCCUUUUUUCCCUCGUUUCACCCUGGAGCCGUUCGCAUCAGGCUCUGGCUGCGCCGCCAGCCCGAAACCACCGCUGUCCCCGGUGCGCCCUGGGCAGGGUGGCUGGGUAGGAAAUCCUCGGUGAAGCACCGGAGGGGGUUGGAGAGCCCUGCUGCAGGCUGCUGUUCGUCCCCGUCCCGCUGCUGAUGGCUUCUGGGGUUUGUCCUGCUGCUGCCGUGGCUCCGGGAGCUGGGGACACCUGCCCCUGCUCCUCCCAGGCACAUCAGGAAGGAGGAGGAGGUGAUGGAGAACGAUGGAGAAGACAGGCGACAGGUCAGGGGGCGCUGGGGACUCAACCCAAACCUUCAGCCGAGCCGAAGGGAGCGGCAGAGCAGGUGACACGGAGCUGAAGGAGAAAGCCCUGGAGGAGAGCCCCCAGCCUGUCCCCCCCCUAUGGGAUGGCUGCUCCUGUCCCCGUGCCCCAGGGGUGACAGAAAGGACCCACGUCGCUGCCGGGUGCACGUCCUGCAGGUAACUGCACGGGGAGGGGGACAGCAGCUCCCCAGGGGGGGCUUCCAGCACAAAGCCCUGGGGAGGAGCAGGGCGCAGGGUGAGGGGGUGGCAGGGUCUGGGCUGGGUGCUCGGGGCAGAAGCCAGCCCCAGCCCACCACCACCACGUGUCCCCCCGCAGCAGGGGGACCCUGGGGUCCGAAAGGCUCCGCUCAGGCACCAAAGCAGCAAUUAGAGCCCAGCGCCUGCUGAGUUCAGCUGCUCAGGAAUGUCCCGGAGCAGCCGCUCUGCCCCUGCCCACGCCUGGGGUCAGCACACAAACCCUGCAGAGCCCGAGCAGGAGGGAAGGCGCUGGGAUAACCUCAGCACCUGGGAACGCAGCCGUUUAGGAGGAAGGAACCGUCCAGUCCCACACCCUCUCCCCUGCCCGUGGGAUCCACGAGCCCCUGCCUUGUGCUACAGACGAGAAGGGCAGGGGGACAGGGGGCAAGGAGGAGCAUUCCCACCAGGUGCCGCCUGUUUUGGGGUGCCACCUUGCUCGGUGCACACCCUCAGGCCAUGCUCCAGGAGUGCCAGCUCCAAAUUUUCCUCUUUCUUUCCCCCUGCAGUGAGUCCCCCCCCAUGGAGCAUCACCCCCAUCCUACAGGGCCACCCCACCGCCUGUCAGCAGCCCCCCAAAACCCCCCGGGAGCUCCGUGCUCUGCAGGGCACAAAGCAGCGCCUCGUCAGCAUUUAUUUGCUCCUAACCCUUCACCUCCUGCUCCGAGGGACACGCAGAGGCUCUGCGUGGGCUCGGCGCUGAGCUGGGCUGCUGGCAGCCGCUCCCAUCCCUGCCACAGCUCCCUUAGGGCGUGUGGAAAGCCACAGCGAGAGCCAGGCUGCCCCUAUGGGAUUAAAACCAGCAGCAUGACAUCAGAAAAUACGGGAUUGGGAUCGCCGGGGCUGGGCGCAGCCGCUGUCAGGAUGAGGCUUUAGUGGCAGAGCAUCGUCUGCUGGGCUGCGGGUGGCUGGUGGGGGAUGAAGGGGUUGGGGGUGGAAGGAGCAGGACAGGAGGCAGGGAGGGAUUGGGGUUAAAGCCCCUGGUGCUCGCAGCCCCCGGCACACGCCUGCAGCGCUGCUGGCAGCACCCCGGUCCUGCCCGUGCGGCCCCUGCCAGCAGCACCACGACCCACGGUGGGGCUCCAGUCCAGCAGGAGCCUCCAGAAGGAGCCCCCCAGCUCCUCUGUGGGCUGCAAGUACAGAAAGCAUGGAUUUCUAGCACAGGAGGGUCCUCAAGAGCCUGGGAAAGGAUGGGUGUCCCCAGGUGAGACGUGGAGAGGAUGCUUUGUGCCCAGGGCAGCUCUGCCCUGGCGCACACCCACCCCAGCAACACCUUGGAGCUGUGGAAAUGGGGCUUGAGCUGCUGCUUGUGCUCAAAUCUGCCCUGCACGAGGGGGCUGGGAGCUGAAAUACCCCAGUUCCCUCCUUGGCACCCACGGGACCUCGUGGGAUGGGGGUAACGGGGCAGCAGGCGAGGAGCAAGGGACACAGGGCACUGCCGUGGGCUCCCCAGAGGUCACCCCAGCUGGGCUGCGUGGGGCAGAGCACGAGGAACCUCCCGGGCACUGCUGGGGCCCCAGGGCUCGAGCAGGGGAAAACACAAAGCAAAACAAGCCCGUGUUGGCAGGGAGAGCAGGAGAGGGAGCCGCAGGCGCUGCCCAGCACUCGCAGUAAAAGCAGGUGAAUAAAAGCUGCUGCCGGGUCCUCAGCGGCUAAUCACCAGCGGCACCGCUAUCGAAGUUUUCCUUCUCAGCCACUUGAAUUUAGUGGGGACUUGACCUCGUAUCGGAUCUGUUCAGAACAGCCUCGCAGGGCUGCCAGCGGCGUGGUGAGAGAUCUCUGCUGGUUCGUUUCAGGGCGGAGAGGUUGCUCCUGUGAGUGCUGGAGCAGCCCCGCUGCCCCUUCACGUGCAGGCUGCCCCCAGGCAAGCGAGAUUAAUUAUGGCUCUGAGCUUUAUCCCAGACUGGAGGCGAUGGGAAGCAGAGUCCCUGUGUCCUGUGGUGUCUCUGUGUGUCCUAGUGUCCCGUAGUGCACCCAGGGGACCAAAAUCUCGGUGCUGUGGCUGUGCCCAGCAUCGCCCAGGGCGCUUACUGGGACAGAUCCCGGCUCCUUGCACCACGAUGGGCAGUUCUCCCCGCUGCUUUCCAGCCAGCUCCUGCUCCGACAGGCAGGGAGAGGCUGCCUGCAGACCUGCAGCCUGCCUUUGGCAUCGCUACAGCUCCUGACACCAGCACCAAAGCUGCCCUGGACUUCUUUGCUGGGAACACCGACAGCAUUCGCUCCCCAAACUUGUGCCAGAAGGACGCGGGGUUCAACGCAAGAGGCCGGCCGCAGCCCCCGGGGCUGUGGGAGGGGGGCACUGGGGGGGUCCUGCAGUGCUUAUGGCCCCUGCACAGGCCUGAGACACAGCUUGUGCUUUGCUCCCGAGGUCGUUUGAGCUCUCGCUGUGAACAAGCUGACUCCAAACUGCUCAGGGGGAGCCUGCAUCCUGCUCCCCGACCCCAAUCCCUGCCCCAGGCUGCGCACAGGGAGAUCACCGGCAAGGCUACAGCAAAGGGGCACUGCAGACCCCAACCAUGACCCCCCCCCCCAGCCCUAGGUCUGAAAAGCAAGCUGCUGCUCGUGGCCCUGAGACAUCUCUGCCCUUCUCUGCCUGCCUGCGGUCCCCAGCUCGUGCCUCCUGCUGGAUUUCCCCCUGCUGGCUCCAGGACUGCAAAAAGGACUGAGCAGGAGAGGACACGGCUGGGAUCAGGGGAACCUGCUCGGUCUGACCACGAGGGACACAAAGCCUGGACACCCAGCCCACGGGAGGGAAGGGACAGGUGACUGUACAUAUGUGUAUAUAGCAGACACGCCAGCAGAGCGUUUUGGUAUCACUGUUCACCCCCGUUCUGCUGUGUGUGCCACCACCAGCACCCAGCAGAGAGUCCGACCGAGCCCUUUGGGGUUCCCUGGCUCCUCGGUGGGCUUCCUUCAGCCUGCACCAAGCAGAAGGGCCCGUGGAAGCUGCUGCCGUGCUGAGAGGCGACACCAGCAAGGAAAAGAGCUUCACCCCUUGCUAAAUUUGGGGCCUUUCCCUGCCAAGCUGGGGCUCCAGCGACGGGGAGCAUCCCCCCGCAGCGCCGUGCUGCCCACGUCGUGUACAUAACCCCCUUCCCCCGUACCUAUAUCUGUGCUCUGUGUGGUGUGCGUGGGUCUGGUGUAAGACAUUGCGACUGGAACAUGAUGGAGAGCGGGGCUGCUUUGAGCCUUUUUCUUCCCAGCAAUGUGCUCAGAGCCUGAGCCUUCGCGCUGCCAGUCUCACGGGGAAGGAGACGCUGAGGGGGGUGGGAGGGAAGUAAAGGUUUUCCUACGGUUUCUGAAUUUCUGUGCGUGUGUCAGAGGUGGGUGGGAGCCGUGUAGGUAUAGGGGGGCUUGAAAUCCUCCCUGGAGGACGAAAGGCACCAAACCUGGAGCCUCACCAAGGGACCGUGCGCCCGCAGACCCCACCAGCUGCCCCCCACACCCGUUGUGCUCCAACACCCCCAGCAGGAGAGCUGGGUUUGCCCCAAAAAUCUCAGGAUCACUCCAGGUCAGCGCAAACUCAGAGCACCUGAGGUGCAGACGCGUCUGUGCCAGCACCAACCACUAAACCCGACGGGUCACAGGCAGAGAGUGAGGACAAAGAGCUGCGAGGGCAGCGGGUGGCAGCAACUCGCUGGGAACAGCUGAAAGCCAAAAACUGGUCUGCGAGGUGGCAGCAGCCCCCGUGCUGCUUCUGGAGAGAUCAGAGAGCAAAUCGCCACCGCCAGAGAGUUAAUCUGCUGGAGCAAACAGCACCGGGAGGGGGUGCGAGCGCAUUAGCGGGUGUGCUUGGAGACAAGGUGUAUUACCAGGGAAACACAGGGCCUUUACUGCAGACCUAUAGAAAUCGGCUCCACGAUAAACUGUGGAAGUCCAGAUCGCUGCAGCCAGCAGCACAGACCAGCUCUGCUAUCAACAUUUAUCACCAAAAAAAAAAAAAAAAAAAAAAAAAAA